CGGAAGCUGCUGCUGGCCCGGCAUCCUGCGCUGCGCGGCGCUGCACAGCGAAGAUGGCGGCCUCCAGGUGGGUGCGUGCGGCUUUGCUCCUGCUCUGUGCCUCUGACCUACUGCUGCUGCCUCCAGCUGUGGUUUGUGCGGCCGAAGGCCCGGCCGGGAAGCCCGGCGAGACCACCCCGCCUCCGCAGAAGAAGAAGAAGGACAUUCGCGACUACAACGAUGCGGACAUGGCGCGUCUCCUGGAACAGUGGGAGAGAGAUGAUGACAUAGAAGAGGGAGAUCUUCCGGAGCACAAGAGACCCCCAGCACCUGUUGACUUCUCCAAGAUAGAUCCGGGCAAGCCUGAGAGCAUCCUGAAGAUGACAAAGAAAGGGAAGACACUCAUGAUGUUCGUCACUGUAUCUGGGAGCCCCACAGAAAAGGAGACUGAGGAGAUCACAAGCUUGUGGCAGGGCAGCCUGUUUAAUGCCAACUAUGACGUGCAGAGGUUCAUCGUGGGCUCAGAUCGGGCCAUCUUCAUGCUGCGAGACGGGAGCUAUGCCUGGGAGAUCAAGGACUUCUUGGUCAGUCAGGACAGGUGUGCUGAUGUCACUCUGGAGGGGCAGGUGUACCCUGGCAAAGGAGGAGGAAGCAAAGAGAAAAAUAAAACAAAGCAAGAGAAGGGAAAAAAGAAGGCAGGGGAUUCAAGAUCACAGGCCUCAAAGGAAGACAGCCGAGCUGGAAGAGAAGAACUGUGACAGCCACUCCCCUUGGAGCAGAAGGACAAGGGAGCCUGGCUGGUUUCAUGGGCAGGGUGGGUGCUGCAUAUUUGGUGAUGUUCUUAAGUCUUCUGGAAAGGGUCUGCCAUGCAACCAGUCUGACCGGUACAGAAGUUACUGUUGUGAAGCCUUCAGGGAUGAAGGUUUUCUGAUUAAUAGCAGACGCUGCCAAGUUUACACCUUCUCCAGAGUUGCCAGCCUGGACCCCCGACUUGUCGCUUCCCCAACAGACCUGAUGGGUCAUUGUCCUCACCUCACUGCUCUGUUCUGUUGGGCUGUGCCUGCUUCUGAUUUUCUCCUAACCAAAAGACAGCAGGUUCUGAUCCAACAGGCUUUUUAAUACUUGGCUUCACUGGGUCACUGUUGAGCUGCAGCAGAUUGCUUAGAUCACAGUGAAGGUAGGGUGAGCCGUGGUACUGCUGUGUCACCAGGGAACUGGGCGCCCCAGCUGUGCAGGACACAGAGGUACGGGAGUGGUGCCACUUGACUCUGAGUCUUUACUUGAGAUAUCCCUGACUGAAGUCCCUGUCCUCAGCUGGAAGGAACUCUUGCUACCCUGUGGCUUUGUUGAGGACAGUGAGAUCAUUGUCAGAUGUGCAGACUGGAUGGACCAGCAGAGCCCUGAGCAGGCAUGAUGGAGACAUGACAACUUCACGUGUUCUAGACAUUUCCUUUGAUAAGUGCCUACGCUUGUGCUUUUUGUGAUACUAAUGAGAUGUGCUGCUGUUCAUGUCUGAAUUGUUACCCUUUGCAUCAUGGAGUCACUCUGAAUAAG